AGGAUCUUCAUCUUUACAACUAUUAACUCCCCUGCCAAGAGGACGAGGCGAAGUUUGUAACCGCGCCAAAGCGUACAAACCUUGUUUGAGUUAUCUUUUGUCGCCUGGAUAAGGAUAGAACUCGUUCAUGUUUGUAACUUUGAUCAUGAUCAUAUCGAGGUAGUAAACAAAGCUUCGUCGAGCAUAUAGAUUUCGAAGAACUAGAACUGAGUUUAUCACCAGAACAGAUUCAAGACGAAAAAAAGGAUGCAGGUCGAUUCGUUCCCUACAGAGGCUGCUGGAGGUGGCGGCUCUUCUUCCUCUUCUGCUAUCCCAAACUCACCCGCUGCGUUAGGAGACCUCUUGGGUGACGAGGAUACGUUUUCUUUCGCCUCGCUAAUGCAACAACUCCUGUUGCCUUCGUCCGCGUCGACUCUCCACAAUGGGCUCCAAAACACUCCUGAGUUCGCCCUUCUACAAGCAUUCGUGACGGGAUCACCUACGCUCGAAGAGUAUCUUCAGAUUCAUCAAAAUCAAGGUCAGCAUAGCAAUGGGGGGACAAACACAAACAUGAAUAGUUCAACAUUGACACCGGGACAACUACAUAAGUUUCGGAUGUUGACCUUGUUGAAGCUAGCAGCUACACGGGAGAGACUAACAUUUGCGGAACUUCAGAAGGCGUUGUGCAUUAUCGAUGACGGAGGUAGUGGCCGUUGGGUGGAGAUAGUAGGACAAGCGGACGAAGAAGACACAGGGAGAAUAGCGAGGAUGGUAUUCUUCGCUAUCUUGCUAGACACGGCUACUCACUGUAGAGGAAGUACCGAGUGAAAAAAAAAAUAGAAAGAAGAGAAGCUUAGUGGUUAGAGGCUCUUGCUACUUCAUUUUUUGUGAUGAUUGCACAAAGCAAAAGCGAUAUAAUCUAUCUGCAUCUUCCCCUUUUCUCUCCAAAGACUCUCGAUACCGUUCUUCGCGAUGCUCUGGAGCGCAAGUUGAUUAGUGGGAAGAUAGACCACGGAACUGCCUGUCUUCACAUAACUGCGGUCCACGUUGCGCGCGAUGUCGAUGGCAACGAUCUAGCAUCCAUAAAUGGAAUGCGACAAGUGCUGGUUCAUUGGCGAGAGAGAUGUGACCUCUUAACCGAAAGCAUCCAAAAAGUCGUACUCUCUCAACAGGCGCAAGCUUCUGGAGUUGGGCCUGUGAAACUGAAAAAGGACAAUAGUACGACCACUGGUGCUUCUAGUGGCGGUGCUUCUAGGAAAAUGAAGCCUGCAGCAAGUCCAGGAAGGGGAAAGUCUUAAAUGCUCUUCAAAGUCAUUUUUUCUUAGAUUCUAAAAAGUGAGAUCCUCGGAUGUAGUUGAACGCGCAGUCUACUAAAAACUUGAGUUAGUCUUGUUGUUCUACAAGUGACUACAGAAGACGAGCAUCUUCACUCGCUCAGAGAAGUUAUAAAGAGAGAAU